UACCUACUGUAUAGCCUACUGUGUACAGGAGCCCCAUUCACAAGCUGUGCUUCACUGGGGUCCCAAACCUAUCAUUCUUGUGUUCCUUGCUGUUAUAUCUUAUACUAUUGUUUAUGUUUGAUUUGGUUUGAAUAAACUUGAACUUGAACUUGAAGAUACGCACUGUGUGGAGUGUAUGAAUAGAGAAAGUGUAGUACAUAUAGCGCCCUCUAUCAUGGUCCCAUAUAUAGCUUAUGUCAUAGCAGACGACAUUCGGCAUUAUUUCAUGCACUACAGGAUUGUAGUACCAUCACCAAGGUGGGAUAUCAUAAUUUACGAAGGUCAUUAUACUGUUUGUUCCUAGAGAUAGACAGUCUUCAGCUGAAUCUCAAAUAACAUCAUGAUAUGGAUUGUUUUCCUUGCUGAUCAAAGUCCGAAAGUGCCAUUACAUUGUAUAACAAAACCAACGGAUCUUCAAAAUAAACUCUGAGCUAUAUAGCUGCGGCCCAUCAUUCAUUUUUAACUCAACGCACGCUGCUCCUUCUCAACCGGAGAGCUAGCCAUUGUCUCCUCCUUCGGCUGGUAUUGACUUUCAAGUUCAGUCGUGGAUAUACGAACCAUCUCGCUACCUUGCUUCCCGUCUCUCCCUUCUUGGAUAAUUAAUCAUGGAUAUCCUCAGUACUUCAUGGUCAGCUCACUUGCUAUUUCUUUUGAUCUGUAUAGUGUCCCAGUGUGGGGCAGACUACCAACUGACUGUACUCCACACGAACGAUGUUCAUUCCCGGGUGGAACAGUUCAAUAAGUACGGCUCCGAAUGCGACCCCGAUGAGGCGCGGGACGGGGAGUGCUUCGGAGGGGCUGCAAGACGGGGCACCAAAGUCCGAGAGAUAAGAGAAAGUGUUCCUAAUGUUCUUCUUCUUGAUGGAGGUGACCAGUAUCAAGGAACGAUGUGGUUCUUCAUCUAUAAAGGAGCCGCUGCGUCACAUUUCAUGAACAUGAUCGGCUAUGAUGCCAUGGCAAUUGGAAAUCAUGAAUUCGACAACGAGCCUGAAGGCUUGAGGCCAUUUCUUUUAAACACAACUUUUCCUGUUUUAAGUUGCAACAUCGACGCGUCAGCCGAACCCUCCAUCAACGGUCUUUUUCAAAAGAGUGUCAUUCGAGAAUUAAGCGGAGAAAGGAUAGGACUAAUUGGUUACACGUACUUCAAAACUCAUGAAAUCUCAUCGUCAGGCGAGUGCAUCUUUUAUCCCGAGAUUGAGAGGAUACAGAUAGAGGUGGAUGCUUUUAGACAAGCUGGCAUCAAUAAAAUCAUCGCAGUAGGACAUUCAGGGAUCAAAACUGAUUUGGAGAUUGCUCGGAUGGUUGAAGGAGUAGACGUGGUCAUCGGUGGUCAUACAGAUACAUUCUUAUAUACAGGUGAUCCUCCAUCUUCAGAGAUACCAUACGGUGAUUACCCACAGGUAGUCAACGAUCAGCAGGGCGGUGGUCGUGCCUUGGUUGUACAGGACUACACAUUCGGCAAGUACCUGGGACGUCUUAAUAUCACCUUCAACGAUGAGGGCGAGGUCAUAGCCUACGAAGGGAAUCCCAUUCUAAUGGAUAGCUCCAUUGAACAAGAUCAAGCGAUACUCGAUGAGAUAGAGGAAUGGGCCGGGGUCGUUCGGAACUCCUCGGUGAUGUUCGUUGGGAUAUCCCAUGCCUUCCUAGAAGGAGAACGUACGAUGUGUCGAGCUCGUGAAUGUAACCUAGGCAACCUGGUCUCAGACGCUAUGGUCAGUCAGAACAACAAGAACCCAGAUGAACUGCGAUGGAACGAUGUCGGGAUUGCGCUGAUGAACGCUGGCUCGAUCAGGGCUUCGAUUAGUCAGGGAGACAUCACGAUCGGUGACAUCGCUAAUGUUCUUCCAUUCGGCAACACGGUUGAUGUUUUAGAGCUACGUGGUAUUCAUCUCUUAGAAGCCUUGGAGAAUGCUGUCAUUAUGUUCGACUUGGACACGCUGGAUGGAAGAUUUCUUCAAGUUGCAGGUUUAAGAGUUACGUACAGUCUGGCCAGAGAGCCAGGGAGUCGUGUAGUAUCAGCCGAGGCUAUCUGUACCAACUGCACGGUACCGCAUUACGAGCCGCUCGAUGUGGAGCGUGUUUACAAGAUCGUCACCAACAGCUUUCUUGCUGGAGGUGGGGAUGGUUACACCGUCGUUAGGGACAACAAAAUGAAUCACGUGACAGGUAACUUAGAUUCCGCUGUCUUCGCUGAGUAUAUCCAAAGGUUGACACCCGUAGCGCCUGCCCUGGAGGGGCGAGUGAUCGUACUCGAAGAGGAUGUCAUAGACUGUACCGGGCUUGCAUCAAGAUUUACACCAUCUAAUGUCAUAGUUUGGACUUCUUUACUAGCAAUAAUUUCAAAUCGGCUUAGCACCUUAUAAUGAAACUGUAAACUCUCUUAAUAAACGGGGGAAUAAUGAAAUUCCAUUAAUUAUUUGUUUUGGUUAUUAUUAACAUAAAGCUUUUUCUGCUCAUGUGGUCACUUUAUAGUGCUGUAUUCCGUCAUAUUUUAUCUUUUAGAUUAUGCACGUUUAGCCUCCGAACCCCAUGUGUAUGUAUGAUAAUAAUACGAACAAUUUAUAUAGAGCUUGUGACAUAAACAAUUUAAAGCGCUGUACACAUAUCAAGAUUACUUCAAGAAAAAUCAAAAUGAUAUUGCUAUGGAAUUAACAUUACUUAAAUUACCAAGAAAACAAAAUAUCACUAACAUAACUAACAAAUUAACAUUACUUAAAUUACCAAAAAGAUCGAAUACUACUGACAUAACUUAACAGAUUAGCAUUACCUAAAUUACUAAGAGGAUCAAACAUUUACUAACAUUACUAAAAAAGAUAACAAAUAAAAAUAAAUUAACAAAAAUUAACAAAACAUGUAAAUUCCAUUAUAUUAAUAAUAGCAACAAUUAAAUAAGACAUAAUGUAGGCAUUGUAAUACUAUUUCAACCUUAUUUUAUAGUUAUUUGGGUUGUUUUUGGAAUAGAUGAGGUUUUAGAUUCUUUUAAAAAAUGUCAAUGGCGGGUGAGUCCUGGAUAUGGGCGGGGAGACUGUUCCAAAUAGUGGGGGCACAGACUGAGAAGGCCCUGUCACCCUAGCGGUUGUGGGUGCGAGGAACAAGUGCGAGCUGGGGUCUGGAUGAUGAGCUAAGGUUCAUGCCGGUAGUCUGUUUGGGUGAGAUCAGUUCAAUCAGGUAUGAUGGUGCGCGAUGAUGGAUGAUGUUGAACGUGAGGAGAAGGAUCUUGAAUUGGAUACGUUGAGGGAUAAAGAGCCAAUGUAGGGUGCGGAUGACUGGAGUGAUGUGAUCGUGCUUUCUAGUGCGAGUGAUGAGACGUGCAGCGGUGUUCUGUAUGUGCUGAAGUGGGGCCAGAUGACAAGCAGGUACGGUUGAUUAAUAAACUAUUACCAUAGUCCAAAUGGGAAGUUACCAGAGCAUUAACGAGUCGUUCAGUAGAGCUGCGAUCAAGGUAUUUCCGGAUUUUCCCAAUCCUAUAAACACCAAAGCUAGCUGCCUGACACACCUUUCGGCCGAUGUGCUCCCUCAAUUCUAAUGAGUCAUCAACAAUAACACCAAGAUCUCUUUAAGUCCUUUCUAAGGGACUUAGUAAUAAGGAUUAAUACCUUACCUAAGGGCACUUGCGCAUCGACUUUGUAUCGAACCUGCGACCUUCCGGUUACGAUACCACUGCUCUACCACUGAGCCAUCACGUCUUCUUCUGGUGUGCCUGGUGUAAUCCAUAUACGAUGAGUCACUGUAAAUCGACGUAAUGAGACGUAGUAACAUGAAUUAGCUUAAAAUGAGCUUAUGAUGAAUGAUUCUACGGAGUUGAAAUUGACAGUGUCGGUUGGAACAGUGAAUAAUUUAUAUGUAAAUAUAUAUUUUUUUCAUUUCUUUAGAUAUCUUCUCAUAGUUUUACCCUCCCAUUUUAUCUUGAAUGAGAUCAUAACGUCUCCUUACAAAACAAACCUGUGAAUAUUGUUUCUUUUUAAAAGCUGCUGCGUAUAUAAUGUAUACAUAUUGAUGAUAAGGGUAAUUUUGUAUAUAUGCGUUAUAAUUUCAUACAAUGCUGCUCAAAAAGUGCCAUAUGAAUUUGGGUAUUAAUCGGAAAUAUGUUGUAACUUAUAUCCAGUAAACGUUUAUCUGAGGGGUAGAAUUUUCUGGUAUUGUUGAAGAGGAGAAACAGUUUUUUUUUAUUUUAAAGACUUUGAGAAAUUUAAAAUUGAUGAAUUUGAAUGACUAUGAUUAUUAACAACGUCAGGAAAUCUUGUACUAGCAUCAAUAAUGUGUGAAGGGGAUAACCGUGGUUAUUUCUCUUACUGCUGUAUUGCAUAGACAAUAUUGAUAGGCAACAUUGAAUACUAUGGUAGUUUAAUAGUCUAGUAUUUGAAGAAGAACAAAUUGUAUCUUCUAGGUAAUUGUAAAAAGUGAUGUAUAUAAUCUUUUAUUCCGCCAUUUUCCAAUCUUACUGUGUCAUAAAUUGUUGGAUUUAUGAAUUUUCGUCUGUAAAUUUUACAUUAAUUUGUAUAAACUUGUAACCUUCAUCGUAUAGUAAUUGUUAUCUGGUACUAUAAGCAUGUACAUAACACAUAUACGGUAGCUCAUUAAGUCCGAAAGUUUAUUCGCUUGUAUUUUUCUUAAAUGUUCUGAUGGUUUUCCGUAAUCUAUCGACUACAGAAUAUUGGCUCUUUCAACUUUGUUGGUAAACAAAUACAUAGAGUAUGAGGGUACUCCACAUUUGUAGUUAGAUGCGACUUCAGUUUUAUAAUUAUAAAAGAAUAUCUCUCAUGCAAAGACAGAUUUAUAACUUGCAAUCGAAUAGUUCAACUUAGAAUCUAACUAAAAACAUCGUAUGAAGUUGCCAAAUUCAUUAAAUUGAAAAGUUUCUUUUGAAGAUGAAAGGACGAUGAGUGAUCCAUAAUUAUGCCUCCUCUGUGAAAAUGAUCUAAUCAUUCAUAGUUGAUUUUUACUUAUAGUGCUUUUGAUAGAUUGUGAUGUCUCAUUUCAUGCUGCUCGUUAUCUUUGGUAUGUUCUUAUAAAUCGGUCUGUGUAAUGUUCAUUAGUAUAAGUGAAUUCAUUAUUAGUAAACAGAAAGCGAAACUGACUUUCAAAGCUCUGUUAAUGGGA